AUGGGAUGUGAGGAAAUCGAGACCGAAGAAGAAUCGGAAGAAAUGGACGACGUUGUCCUGUCUUCGAUGUGGCCCGAGGACAUAAACGAAGCGGGUCGACAAUUCAACAUCGAAAGACCGGGAUUAUCGGACCGAGACAUGUUAGAAGAGGUGACGAUAAUCAAAGAGCCGAACAUAGUCGAUUUCAAGCGUCUCAUGGAGCUAACGAACUACAGCGACAAGGGCAACUGGCAACUGGCUAACCUCGUCAAGAACUGGGAGUACAAGCAAGAAAACGCUGUCCGUCUCUUGCAGGAAGAGCUCGUCAACUUAAGCAAGCAGCAGAAAGCGGUCGAGCUGAAGAAACUCGAAAUACUCGAGGAGCACAGGUUCGAAAAAGACGAAUACGGUGGCGACAAACGCCCUGUUUCGAUCCUAGACGAGAGCUUGAGGUAUCUUUAUCAAGAUCAAGAUCAAGAUUCUCCAUUGAGAAAAAGGGAUGUUGUUUGUGGUGGUGAAGAUCGAGAAGUUGAGGUGGCCGACGAAGAAAAUGAUGGCGGAAUGUUCUGGAAGAAACGGGCUUUGAGCCUUGAGAAGCUUCUAGAAGCUAGUUUGAGGAGGGAGGAGAUUCUGUUGGUUAAAUUGGAGGAGAGUAUCGAGAAUUUGGAGAGGCAAUCUUCUCCGGUCGAGGAAUUAUCGCAGGUUUUGAAACGGGCCGAUAAUUUCUUGCAUUUUGUCCUCCAAAAUGCACCUGUUGUUAUAGGUCACCAGGAUAAGGAACUGAGGUAUCGAUUUAUAUUCAAUCAUUUCCCGAGUUUGCGUGAAGAGGAUAUAAUAGGGAAAACAGAUGUGGAGAUAUUCAAAGGAGCUGGAGUGAAGGAAUCUCAGGAUUUCAAGAAAGAAGUUAUGGAAAGAGGAAUCCCCGCAAAGAGGGAAAUUACUUUCGAAACCGAGCUUUUCGGUUCGAAAACUUUUUUAAUUUACGCCGAACCUGUUUUCAGCAAAGCUGGUGAGACAAUUGGUGUCAAUUAUAUGGGAAUGGAAGUAACUGAUCAGGUGAGGAAACGAGAAAAGAUGGCGAAGCUUCGAGAAGAGAUGGCUGUGCAAAAGGCUAAAGAGACAGAGCUCAACAAAACAAUCCAUAUCACAGAGGAAUCGAUGAGAGCAAAACAAAUGCUGGCUACAAUGUCACACGAAAUAAGAUCUCCACUAUCGGGAGUCGUAAGCAUGGCCGAGAUUCUUUCGACCACUAAACUCGACAAAGAACAACGCAAGUUAUUGAGUGUAAUGCUGUCUUCGGGAGAUUUAGUUCUUCAGUUAAUCAACGACAUCCUCGAUCUCUCCAAAGUCGAAUCGGGAGUAAUGAAAUUGGAAGCUACAAAAUUCAGACCAAGAGAGGUAGUAAACCAUGUACUACAAACAGCAGCUGCAUCAUUACAGAAACUACUUACACUAGAAGGAAACGUAUCGGUUGAUGUUCCCGUCGAGGUUGUUGGAGAUGUCCUAAGGAUUCGUCAAAUUCUCACAAACUUGAUCAGCAAUGCAAUCAAGUUCACUCAUGAAGGCAAGGUUGGGAUAAGGCUUUAUGUGGUUCCCGAGCCUCAAAACGGAAUCAUAAAAGAUUCCGAGACAGAUUCAUCGAACACUAGUAACGUAAAUGACGAAAACGCCCCUGAAAAUGUGAGGAGUUGCGUUCCGAUGGAGGAAGACAAUGUAAGUGGUUCCAACACUAAUGUGGAACAAGUAGUUUGGAUUCGUUGCGAUGUCUACGAUACAGGGAUCGGAAUACCAGAACAUGCUAUACCAACUCUAUUCAAGAAAUACAUGCAAGCCGGUGCAGACACUGCUCGUAAAUACGGAGGGACGGGAUUAGGCCUUGCAAUAUGUAAACAAUUGGUUGAGCUAAUGGGAGGCCAUUUAACCGUUUCUAGCGUAGAACAUUCCGGAUCGAUUUUCACCUUCGUCUUACCUUACAGAGUUUCGUCGACCUCCGAAAAUUCGGACGAAUCCGAUGAAAUAUAUUCAGACAUGGAAAACGAUCAAGAUAAUGUUCGAGACGACGAUUUAAAUUCAGGGGUUUUUGUGUUUCCACCGAGAACUUUGGGUUCUUUAUUUUCGUCUCAAAGUUCCGGAAGGAUCCAGAAGCUUUCUUCACCGAGCAAUGCUCAAGAAACUAUUACAUCACCUUCUAGUAGUAGUCACAUUAUUACGUGUGAAGAGAUCGGUUCGGGAAACGCUGAGUGUUCGACGAGUCACGACUUAGGUUCAUCGUCGGAUAAUUUGAAUUUAGGCCGUCGUGAUGAAAAAUACGAUAAAGUUGAAACGGGCGUGAGUUCUGAGUGUCUUGAAAUCCCGAAAACCGAGGAGGAAAAACCUAGGAUUCUUCUUGUGGAGGAUAAUAAGAUAAAUGUGAUGGUGACGAAAUCGAUGAUGAAGCAGUUGGGGCAUUGUAUAGAUGUCGUGAGUAACGGAGCUGAAGCUGUUCGUUCGGUUCAGUGCAAAUGUUACGAUCUUGUUCUAAUGGAUGUAUGCAUGCCGGUGAUGGAUGGUCUUGAGGCGACGAGAUUGAUUCGAUCGUUUGAGGAAACCGGGAAUUGGGACAAUGCAGUGAAGGCGGGAAUCGAGCUUCAAUUGCCGUCUUCAAAUUCGAGACGAGAAAAAUCGAGAAACAGGAUUCCGAUUAUAGCUAUGACAGCGAAUGCGUUAUCAGAGAGUGGCGACGACUGUUUCGCUAACGGUAUGGAUUCGUUCGUGUCGAAACCGAUCACCUUCCAGAACUUGAAGCAGUGCCUACAGAAAUAUUUACCCUAGUUAAUAUUUGUAUUUUAUCACCUGUAAUAAAUAGUAAAGCAUCUUUUGUACAUAAAAAAAAAUGAGUUAGGAAAGUUUUGACAUAUCAAUGUAUAGAGGCGGUCGAAUUUAUGCUA